ACAGUGGAGGAGCGGCUAUUGUAUUUUACGAGUAAACUGUCGCGUGUUGGUAGUUUGCUUUGCCGAUUGCGUAACGUGAUUGGUAAAAGGUUUGCCAGAAGACACCAUGACCCUCAUGAUACCGGCUCGUUCGCGAACAAGAGCUUCGAUGGCGACGGUGGUUGUUGGAGGAUGCCGGUGGAAAUAUAAGUUUUUCGCGUUCCUCGUGUACGGUUUUCUCAGUGUUAAUGCAGAUAUAGUCUCAGAGUCUGUGUCGGAGGGAGAUUCAGUCAUUCUAAGCACCAGUAUUAAAAAAAACCAAGACGACAGAAUCAGAUGGUACUAUAAUAACACUCGUAUCGCUCAAAUCAAUGGCAAUCCCAGUAAGACCUGCACAGAUGUUCAGUGUAAUGAAGGAACGGAGAGAUUCAGAGGCAGACUGAAGCUGGAUCAUCAGACCGGAUCUCUGACUAUCAUGAACAUCACAAUCACAGACUCUGGAGUUUAUAAACUGACGAUCAACAGCAGCAACGAUAAAGAGACCUUCAUCAUUUCUGUCCAUGGUGUUUCUGCUGCCGAACGAGAUAAAAUGAAAAAGUCAGUGGAGGAGGGAGAAUCUGUUACUUUAGAUCCUGGUGUAAUAAAAACAAAUGAUGUGAUCACGUGGUAUUUUAAUGACACUCUCAUCGCUGAAAUCACUGGAGAUCCCAACAAGACCUGCACAGAUUUUCAUUGUCCUGAGAGAUUCAGAGAUAGACUGAAGCUGGAUCAUCAGACUGGAUCUCUGAACAUCACAGACACCAGAACCACAGACUCUGGACUUUAUGAACUAAAGAUCAGCAGCAGCAGUCGCCGCCGCCGCCGCAGCAUCAGCAGUGUAAAGAGCUUCGAUGUUACUGUCAUUGCUGUUCCAGGUUCGGGACUGUAUUUAGGUCAAAUAGCAGGGAUUGUUGCUGGUGUUGUUCUGCUGGUGGCUGUAGCUGUUGUGAUUAAAUCUCUCUGCAGAAUUGACAUGCAUGAUAUGAGGGGUUUUGUGAAGUCCAGGAAUGAGGACAAGAAAGAUGGAGUUCACAUGAUCUGAGAAGAUCGCAACAGGGAUUAUCUACCGCAUUUUUUCCCCAUUCAAUUACAUUUUUACAAACGUAAAGCAGAGUGUUUAAAUAAGAGUGGUUUUAAGCUGUAAAAUUAUGAAGAAAUAUAUUUUAUUAAAAUAUUUAUUAAAAUUUUUUAAUAAAAUGUUAUAUCUGUAGUAUCUAUUCUGGAAUUAAUGUUACAGACCAUGUCUGUGUUUACUUCUGAGAAGUAACUGAGGCUCUGACUCGUGUCAAGAAUGCAGUUGUAGUGUUUAUUUAUUCACCCUGACAUCCAGGGAGUGAAUAUUAACUUAUGUGCUUUGUAUUAUAAUGGUGGGUUUACACAUUUUGUUUUUUGGACUAUGGUAUGUGAUCAAGCCAAAGGAAUGCCUCCAGUAGAAUCACAGGUAUUGUCUUUAACUACAUUUGCAUAACGCUAUGUUCUGAUGUUGCAAUAAUUGCAUGUACGUUUUUUUUUUUGUUGUUGUUGUUGUUAUUGAGCAGAUUCUUGAAAGACAAUAUAUGCAUUACAAACAUGGAAUACAUCGCAACCUGCUGUUUUUGUUUUGUUUUUUUACAACCAUAAAAAUAUAUAUGAAAUGUUUUUUAUUGAAUUUCAUUGCAAAAAAAAAAAAAAAAAAAAUUAAAAAUAAAACAUGAAAAAAAGGAUGUAAUGAGUUCAAUGUAUUGAAAAAACAAGGUAUAUUAUGAAAGGAUAACAUGAAAUAACAUGGAGCUUAGACACUGUGCAUCUUAACGCUGUAUUACCAAACCAGAAGUGCCAUCUGUACUGUUUUAAUAUCCGAACAUAGAGAAAUUUUGUCAGCUGAUGGAUGUUGCUGGAAUUACUUGUACUGUUAACAGAAAUUUUAAAAUAUAAAUGUAUUCUCUGAGAUGU